AUGGCGAAGAAACCUGCGGCUCAGUCUCCUGCCACGAAAACAGCUGCUCCUGUUGGCGGCGCUGCCAAACCUCCUGCUGCAGCAUCACAUACCAUCAAACCCUCCGGAUCCAUCACCUCCAAUCCAGCUCCUAUCAAGCCUCUACAAUCAAGUACAUUAUCUCCUCGCUCAUCUCCACAAGAGAUCAUCAUCCAUGUCUGGAACAAAUACCUACAAGAUACCCCCUCGCGGACCAUGCUGUUGGAUGUCUUCAUGGCCUGGCUAGUGGUGGUUGGCGGUCUGCAAUUCGUCUACUGUGUGCUAGCUGGCAACUAUCCCUUCAAUGCCUUCCUUUCAGGCUUCUCCGCCGCCGUAGGCCAAUUUGUUCUUACCGCUUCAUUACGCAUGCAAACCUCCGAAAAAGCACCCGCAGGUGCGUCUCCGACGACGAAAAAGUCGACAACAAAAACUAUCGAUGGUGUGACCGGAGAAUUGGUUGAGAACACAAAAAUCAGUUCCGAAAGAGCGUUUGCUGAUUUCGUCUUUGGGAGUCUGAUAUUGCAUGGGUUUUGCGUGAACUUUAUCAACUGA